CCGGCGAAGCCCUCUUGCCUUCAACAAAGAUGGUGCUCCCCGCGCAGGCUCCGCGGGCACCGGGGUGCCCUGUGUAGUUCCCCACUUCCCUCUUGUUGCUAGAUGGAUGCCAGAGACAAGCAGCUUUUGCGUUCCCUGCGCCUGGAGCUCUGCACGGAGGUGCUAGUGGAUGGAAUUGUUAUUCAGUAUCUUUACCAAGAAGGGAUUCUCACGGACAGUCAUGUUCAAGAAAUAAAAUCCCAAACCACCAGUCAGAGAAAAACUAUGAUGCUCCUUGAUAUUCUGCCCAGCAGAGGACCCAAGGCUUUUGAUACAUUCUUGGAUUCCUUACAGGAGUUCCCGUGGGUAAAAGACAAGCUGAUGGUGAAGCGUAAGGAAAUGACAGUACAAGAUCCUGCAGAUGUAACUGAAAUUGCACCGUGUAUUUUGAAGACUUCACCAACAGAUCAGCAGCUGAACAAGCUUGCGAGGAGACUGGGACCUGAAUGGGAGCAUGUAGUUCUGUGCUUGGGUUUGUCCCAUACUGACAUCUAUCGAUGUAAAGUCAAUCACCCUCACAACCUGCAGUCGCAGAUCGUAGCCGCGUUUGUUCUGUGGAGACAGCGUUUGGGGAAAAAAGCAACAAUCCAAAGUCUGCAAUCCAGUCUGAUGGCAGAAGAAGUGGAUCCUACGGUGAUACAGUACAUGCUUGAGUGAAGCCUUGCUAUUGAUUGGGAGCUUUCAAGUACUUCGUUAAAUUAAAUGGAGAGGAUUCACUGAAAUGUAUGUUGAAGAUCUGAUGCCUCAAACUGGAAAAAAAUGGGGUUUGUAACUGCGGUUUUAUUAAGCUUAAACAUUCCAGUUUUCUGUGGCAUCUUGUGACUUGUAAUUCUUUUCAAGCCAGAUUAAUUUUUAGCAGGCAUUAAAAAAUG